ACUUCACUUGCAACCGAUCAAAAGGCUCGUUGCAAUGCAGUUAUGUGCUAGCUUGCGUUGAGGGUUCAUGCUCCACUAACUAGCAAAUCUAUUUCGACCACUUAUCCCUCACCACACCCUAAUUUUCGGGGGGAGAAAGUGAACGAGGUGCAAUAACAUUGCAAGUGUUUUCCGAGCACAGAAUACAUUGCAACAGUUUUCUGAACACAGGUUUCAGAUGGGCUAGAUCCUUCAGUUCUGUUUUCUUCCUCUACAAAACAAUGCAUAUGUUCUUUUUCUAAAAAAACCAUGGCAACGGCUAUUUGCACACCAGAAAAUAGAAGAGCUCAUCAUUGCACACCAGCAAAUUCCUUGCCUUGACGAUUAAUUUUCUGUACUUCUCCCUUGCCACAACAAAUUUUCACCUGGAUAAAGUUUCUUGGGUUUUCUCCAGACAGAAUACGUUGCAGCUACCUAGCCAAACCAGAUCACAAGAGAAUUCGAAUUCGGUAUUUGUGAAGGUUCAUGUGGAGGUGCACAGAUGGGUUAGAUUUUUUGAGCUUCAUGUCUUAAUUAGCUGCCCCUUCCUAUACAGAAUUCAUCAUGCCUAAACAGAAGAUUUAUGGUGUGCAUAACGUCAAGGAGGCGGUAGAGGAAAUAAUCCCUUACUUGGAGGAUUCCGGAAGAACUGCACACAAGGCCAUUUACUUCGAUGGAUGGGACGGGCUGGCUGCUUCUGCUGUGCUCACAGCUAUAGCAGAGGACCCGCCCCCAUCUCUGAAGGAGAAAUUCACCAAGAUCCUCCACAUUGACUGCUCAAGGUGGAAGAGCCGGAGGGCACUCCAGAGGGCAAUAGCUGAUGAACUCGAGCUUCCUCAGAGGGUAAUGGCUGCUUUUGAUAGGGAAGAUGAGGAGGACGAUUUCAGCAGAGUAGACGAAGGUUCUAGACCUGAGGUUCCAGAUGUCACGAGAGAGAUAUAUCAAACCAUUAGGUACCUUAAUUGUUUGAUCAUUUUUCACAACGGAAGUGACAGCAUGGUUGACUUGUCAAAUUUUGGCUUCCCUCAAUUCAACUGGUUCAGUCCUUGCACAGUAUUGUGGACUUUCAGAGGAAGGCUUCGGCUCAACCCAGAAAUAAAAGAAAAGGUGGACAGUUCACAUUUGUAUAUUUAUAAGCCUAUCAAUUGGUAUUUCGAUGAAGACACUGCUCAGCUAAUAUUGGAUGAGGCUACAGAAAUUGUCAAGUACAUACAACAUAAUCACAACAUCACCCCAAGAAUAGCUGCCAAGUGUAUCUCAUACCUGUUGUGGUUCAAUAAAAUGGGCGGUGGUACCACCAUGGAGUAUAAUUGGGGUACCCACGCUUACAACUAUUGGGUUUGUGAUGGAAUUAUCGAAGGUGGUCAGUUUGAUGAAUCCUGGGAGGUCUCUGCGGCUCUUCAUCACCAGAUACGACUAGAGGAUUGCUUGUUUCAUACGGUGAACUUCCGUGAUGAUCAGUACACGGAACAUUGGAAGUCAGUCGUCAAUACAUCUGAUAUUGAAGAAAGGACAGAUAUAACUGUAUCCCCAACACUAACAUCCUUUUUCCUUACAGUCAAAUACAGAUCAGCAUUACCACAGGAAAUGUUUCAGCAGUCAGAGAGGCUUCGUGUAUUGAAACUGUCUGGGUGCACAGCUUUUAUUCACCUCCUUUCCAUUGUUGCCGUAGCCUUAGAUUCCUUGGAUUAGACAGCUGCAAAGAUCAAGGGCACCAAGAAAAAGAAAAGCAAGGGAAACCUAUAAUGGAAUUUUUCCAGAGCCUAUGCGUGCUGGAUAUAAGCCAUACAGAUUGGGAAUUGGAUCUAUCACAAGAUAUAAUGGAGCAAAUGGCUGUAAACAUUAGGGAGGUUCAUAUAAAGAAGGGAAGGUUUUGGUGCAGCAACCUUGCAUGGAGACAACUACAGAACCUUCGCAAGCUUCGUGUAAUCGAGCCUACAAGCUCUUGGGAGACAGGGAAAAGAGACGAAUUCAUGGAUAUGGUGAAGCUGGAGCUUCUUGACCUAUCUGGAAACAAUGCUAUACAAGUUUUGCCAAGCUUGUGUGGGGCAACUGGACUAAAAACUCUGAUCCUGGAUGGUUGUGGUGGGUUGGAGCAUGUUGGUCUUGAAGGACUACCUCCAUCACUUGAGUCAUUCAGCUUAGAUGCAGGAGCAGGGGGGGAUGGUAACAGCAAUACAGCUAAAAUAUCACGUAUCAUCUUGGCCGGUUGUGCAAAACUGGUGGGCUUCAGAUUGCUUGGAUCCCUGCCAAACCUUGAGGAGUUGGACCUCUCACGCACUGCAGUAAAAACUGUAGACCUAAGCAAGGUGGUCCAAGUCCAAAAUCUUCAAAAAAUCUUGUUGAUGGGAUGUGAGCGACUCCGUGCAAUUGUUUGGCCAGAAAAAGGGAUGCGACAACUGAGGUUGCUACACAUUGAUACUCGACAAGAAGUAGACUUGAGAGAAACACCACAUGAUUCUUUGGUAUGCAAAGAGCAAGAGCAGUAUUGCCAGGCACGUGUUUGUAUCGCGGACAUGAGGUUCUUUCAGUCGUUGUUGCUGGCAAGUGGAGAAGAGCCUCGCUGGAUCAAUUCCCUAUUUAAGCUGGAUCUCUACCUGUCAUGUCCCAGCAAGGAUGAUAGAAAGAACAACGGUAGGCAGGGCAGCCCUUUUGAUCGCACUGGCAAGGUAGUUGGGUCACCAGCUCUACACAAGCCAUUAAUCUCCAAGACAUGCGGCACCUACAAUGGCGUUAGCAUUGAAGAGAUAACUCCUGAAAUUGGUGGUGUUACUGAGCUGCAAUUUGAGCCACAAGACCUGCACAUUGAGAUCUGUCAGGGAAUGAUCAACACUAAUGUUGCGGGUGAUCAGGGCAUCAGGGCUUUGUGCUUCGUGAUGGACAGCAUCCAGUCGCUGUACCUGCAUGACAACUCUUCCAUCACCCCUGUUAUCCCGGAGCAAACUACGUCCACAAGAAGGCAGGCAAUUAAUUACCGUCCUCUAAAGUGGUGCCGUGUUGAGAGAUGCCCAAAAUUGGACACUGUCUUCCAUACUGACUAUGAUAUUGAGUUCUGCUUUGAUGAUCUGGAGACCUUUUGGGCGGCUGAUCUCUUGAUGGCCCGUUCUAUUUGGAGCAGAGGAAGGAUAGUUGACAGAUGGGAUGCUGAAUCCUUUGCAAGACUGCGGGCCAUACAUCUGAGCAUGUGCCCCAGGCUCCAAUUUGUCCUCCCAUUGUCAUGGAACGGUACCUUGUCCAGCCUGGAAACCCUCCACAUAGUCCGCUGCGGUGAUCUCAGGCAGGUCUUCCCCGUGGAGGCAGUGAUUCAAAAUGUAAUAGCUUGGAGGUAUCCAAAUAGCAUGCUGGGAUUCCCAAGGCUGAAGAACUUGUACCUGCACGAUCUCUCCAGCCUGCAGCAGAUAUGCGAGGCCAAAAUGUUUGCCCCCCAGCUCGAGACUGUCCGUCUCAGGGGCUGCUGGGGCUUGAGGCGCCUCCCGGCCACCGACCCCGACCGUCGAGAUGGACGCCGUGUCGCCGUGGACUGCGAGAAGGACUGGUGGGACAACCUCGAGUGGGAUGGACUGGACGUCGGUCACCACCCCUCCCUCUUCGCUCCGCGCCACCCCGCGUACUACAAGAAGCGACUGCUGAGGACCACCGUUCUCCGGUGAUCCGGCCUCGCUCGUCCAAUAAUCCUUUCCAGAUUUCGUGUGGGGGAUCAAGCUAGUAAUGAGAGGCGAUACCGGCUGGCACUGCUUUCUUCUGUCGUUUGCUGCCCAGGUCUUCGAUUGGUUGUUUUCAAGAAUAAACAAAUAUUGGCGUCUGAUGCUACCUGCAUCUCUGCCGAAUUCAGGGUGUUUGUGUGCUCCAUGGUAAUUUGAUACGUGUGCGUCUCUGUUGAGACAAACAUACCAUCUGUUUGGCCUUGCAUGGCUAUGUGUGUGCGCUUGCUUGCUUGCUUUGAAAUAAGAUGGUGGGGCUGUGUUGUGUUUAUCUGUCCCGGCCCCUAAAACCCCAUGAUGAGUGUAACAAUGUUGAUUGCGUGAAAAACAUUCCUGCUGACAAAGUUUGUAAUAAUCAAUGAAGCUGGCUGCUGGCUAUAUUUUGUGGUGUGA